UCUGGAACGUGGCUGUCUUGCAGCACCAUGGGGGACUGGAGCCUGCUGGGGCGGCUGCUGGAGAACGCCCAGGAGCACUCCACGGUGGUGGGGAAGGUUUGGCUCACCGUCCUCUUUGUUUUCCGCAUCCUGGUACUGGGGGCAGCUGCAGAACGGGUGUGGGGUGAUGAGCUGGCCGGCUUCUCCUGCGACACGCAGCAGCCCGGCUGCCAGAACGCCUGCUAUGACAGCACCUUCCCCAUCUCCCACCUGCGCUUCUGGGUCCUGCAGAUCAUCUUCGUCUCCACCCCCAGCCUGGUGUACCUGGGCCACAUCCUGCACCUGGUGCACCUGGAGGAGAAGGCGCAGCAGCAGGCGGCAGCGCGGGGCGGCGGCGGGGCCCGGCGGCAGCAGGGAAAGCCCCGGAUCCCAGCACGGGACACUCAGGGCCGGGUCCACAUGCGUGGGGCCAUCCUGAGGACGUACGUCUGCAGCGUUGUCUUCAAGGCUCUCUUCGAGAUGGGCUUCAUAGCAGGGCAGUACGCCUUGUAUGGGCUUGAGCUGAAGCCCCUCUACACCUGCAGCCGCUGGCCCUGCCCCAACACCGUCAACUGCUACAUCUCCCGGCCCACCGAGAAGACCAUCUUCAUCCUCUUCAUGCUGGGGGUGGCCUGCGUGUCUCUGCUGCUCAACCUGGUGGAGAUUUACCACCUGGGCCUCACCAAAUGCCGGCAGCGGCCAGGUCCCAGAUCCCGCAUCCUGCCUGGCCCUGGUGGCAUUGUGGGGUCCCACAGUGCCCGCUUCACCUUGCCUGGUGGUGGCAACCCCAUGGAUGCCAGCAGACCACACCUGGCACCUCUGGGGAAGGCUGGUGUGUGGCUGGGGGCGGACAGUGUGUCCCGUGGGAAAGUGCAAGCAGCAGACCUGGCAGUGUGAACGCAGCUGGUGCCUGCCAGGAUGCUUGGGGAUGGAUGAUGCGUGGGCUGCCGUGCUGUGCCGUGGUGGCCACAGUUGUGGUUCCCAUCUCGAGGACCUGGCAGGCCUGUGGCACAGACCCCAUGGCCAGCAUGAGAGCUGAGCAUGGCCCAGGAGCAGCAGGACCAAGCUGGGGCAGAGGCAAACCCCACUACCCCAACCAUCAGCCCUGAGAAGCAAAUAAACAUCCACUGCACCUCACUUGACUCCUGCUCUGCCCACGGGCGCUGUGGCAUUGCUGCCUGAACAUCCAUCUCAUGCAUGACCCCAAAGGCUGGGGAAGGGCCACCACCAUGCUGGGCUGCAGUUCUGGGGGUGGGGAGCAGACAGGACAGAGCACAGGCAGCACAGCAAGGGAGGGAUAGAGAGGAGAUGCAUGGAGGCAGCUCGUCCUGCUCUCCUCCCCCAGGGCCAUGAUCUGGCUGCAGGGACAUGCUGAGCUGGGAUCACCCGCUGCUAAGGGGACAAGGGCCCUUGUGCCCAGCAGAGCCAUGCAGCACCUUUGGGAGAGGCCAAGCCCAGGAAAGGGAAGGUCCCAGCCCC